AUGAACUCCUUCGUUCUCCCUCUACUCCGGUCUCGCAUCCCUAGCAGUGCCGCAAGAAGAGGAUUUCGCACAACCACCAUGAGUCUCAGCAGCAAGAUCAAGCCCGCGGCGCGAGUCACCGGCCGUCGCCAGGAUGUCUGGUCCAUCAUCAAUGAGGCCGCCGCUGCCUCGCCCAAGCAGCCUAUUGUCAAUAUGGGACAGGGCUUCUUCGGAUACAACCCGCCCGAUUUCAUUCUCAAUGCUGCUAAGCAGGCCUUGGAUCGCGUCGAGUGCAACCAGUACAGUCCCACCAAGGGCCGCCCUCGGUUGAAGAAGGCCAUUGCCGAUGCCUACUCUCCUCACUGGGGCCGAAAGCUCGACCCCGAGACCGAGGUUACCAUUACUACCGGCGCAAAUGAGGGUAUGCUCAGCGCUUUCAUGGCCUUCAUUGAGCCCGGCGACGAAGUCAUCGUCUUUGAGCCCUUCUUUGACCAGUACGCUGACUCCGGGAACAGAUACAUUAGCAACAUUGAGAUGCCCGGCGGCAAAAUCGUCUAUGUCCCAUUGCACCCGCCCAAGGACGGUGGUGAGAGGACGUCAUCCGCCGGCAACUGGACCAUCGACUUUGACGAGCUCGAGCGCGCUAUUUCUCCCAAGACAAAGAUGAUUGUCCUCAACACGCCACACAACCCUGUCGGCAAGGUCUUCUCCAAGGACGAGCUACAGAAGAUUGGUGACCUCUGCGUGAAGAACGAGAUCAUCAUCCUCUCCGACGAGGUCUACGACCGCUUGUACUACGUCCCCUUUACGAGAAUCGCCACCCUCUCUCCCGAGAUUGAGCGUCUCACUAUCACUGUUGGCUCCGCCGGAAAGAACUUUUACGCCACUGGCUGGCGUGUGGGCUGGCUCAUGGGACCGGCCGAUCUGAUCCAAUACGUGUCAGCCGCGCACACCCGUAUCUGCUACUCCUCCGUUUCUCCUCUCCAAGAAGCCUGCGCCGUCGGAUUUGAGGAAGCCGAAAAGCAAGGCUUCUGGGAUGAGACAAUCAAGGACAUGAAGGGCAGGAUGGACCGCUUCAACGAGGUGUGGAAGGAGCUUGACAUGCCCUACUCGGAGCCCGAGGGCGGAUACUUUGUCUUGGUCAACAUGGCCAAGGUGAAGCUGCCCGAGGACUACCCCUUCCCCGCGCAUGUUGCGAGCCGCCCGCGCGACUUCAAGCUCGCGUGGUUCCUCAUCCAGGAGGUCGGCGUCGCUGCCAUCCCCCCCACCGAGUUCUACACCGACCCCAACGCACACAUCGCCGAGGACUACAUCCGCUUUGCCGUCUGCAAGCCCGAUGACGUGCUGGAGACCGCCAAGGAGAGGUUGCGCGGUCUGAAGAAGUAUAUCCAGGAGUAA